UUUUUUCUCCAGCUGGUUACAUUAUCACGUUAGAUUUAAUACCGCUUAGUGGUAUUUCACAAAAUAAAUAAACGUUCAAGUUGAUGAUUUUUUUAACUUUGUGACAAUGAAUUCUGAAAACCAAGAGGAGGAACUAGAAGUUCUGAAGUCAAUUUAUGAAGGGGAUGCAAAUUUUAAGGAAAUGAACGCAAAGACGUUCCAAUACAAGUAUGGAACUGAAGGUGAUCCUCAUUCCUUUGUGUUAGAAAUUAGCUGGCCUGAAUCUUAUCCAGAAAGUUUACCCAUCAUCAGCCUGGAUGCUUUUUACAACAAACAUAUGCAACCCAGUGUCAAAGAAAAUAUCAUUUUCAAACUAUUGAAAGAAGCAGAUGCUAAUAUUGGUUCAGCCAUGACCUACACACUUAUUGAAUGGGUUAAGGAAAAUUUGGAGGAAUUAUUAGUUGACCAGCCAUUGAACUUGGAUACAUGUACAAGCCAUGUAGCUAACUUAGAGAUUGAUGAUAAGGUUGAGCCCUCUUCCAAAGAUAAUAAAGAUCGCCGUUCUGGACUUACAAAAGCUCAAAAAAGGCGGCAGUGGGAUAGAAUGGAUGGAAAAGGAGAAAAAAUCAGAGGUUUUGAUUGGGUAGAUGUGAUAAAACAUCUUUCUCAAACUGGAGGAGCACAGGCUAGUUAGUAUUUGUUUGAGGCAAAGUUUGCUAAUAAAAACACUGUUUGUAAAAUGUAAUGAAACAUGGAGUGUAUAUUGUGAAGUUUUAUUGCU